ACCACUGCCGCCGAACACCCGUCCGAUACGUAGCUUGCUUGUCCGUCCAAAUCGCAAGACUCGAAAGACCAUGGUGAUGAUGCGUGAAACGUACCGACCAAAACGUCAAUCACUCACCGCACACCCAACAACAACCACCUCACCUCAACACGAAGAAUGCCUCGCUGCAAGCAAAAAAAAAAAAAAACAAGGUACACAUCUUGCUUGCUUUCUUACACAACGCAAAAAAGAGGAUCGCCCGCGUCGCACACACAUAUACGAAAUGUAUGUACACCCAUCCAGCCAUACCCAAACCCACACACACACACACACACCUCCCAGAGCCCCAUACCAUACCAUACCAUACGCAAACCACGCGCAUGCGGGUCCCUCCUCCCUCCCUCGCUCCCUCCUCAUAUAAACUCCCAAAAACCCACGACACAAUCCCCCUCCCCCUCGAGCCAUGUACAUAGUCACGAACGGGCCUGGCUGUUGGAACCCCCCAAUUCCAAUCCCAUCUGUAGACUCUCGACCCACCCUCGCGCAGCGUGAUCGCUCCGCGCCUGGGAGGCGAGCGAGGGGAGCGAUGGGGAGCCGCCAAUGGGUAUUGGCUGCGGCUCAAUAGUCUUAAUUGUUUUCUUGUGGGGCUUGAUGCAUCGCAGACAGAGCGUAGCGUAGCUAGAC